UUCUCCCUCAGUUUGCCUCUGAGUUUAUGGGUCUUGGUUCUGUUGUGGAGAUGUGGACUCAUCUUCGCCAGCGGUAUCAACCCUCUGGUGAUUCUAUCUACUUAUCAAUGGUUCGUCAGGAGCAUGCUCUUCAGCAGGGCGACUCCACUGUUGAUGAGUUCUACACAGAGAGUUCUGCUAUUUGGCGUCAGCUUGACUCCCUCCGCACAGCUAUUUGUGGUUCUUGCACGUGCUGCCAGAUUAUGAGGUCAGACUUGGAGUUUCAGCGCAUCCAUGAGUUCUUGUCUCGGCUUCGUCCAGAGUUUGAGGCCCGUCGUGCUCAGUUGUUCACUCGGGGCCGUGUACCCCUCUCGGAGGUGCUUUCUGAGAUUCGUGCUGAGGAGACUCGCCUUCGUGGUGCUGGUUUGCUUGCUGUCCCUUCUGUACUUGCUGCUCGGGCUCCUGCUAUGCCGUCUGCUGCACCAGUGUCUUCUCGUUACAGUACUCCGCCGCUUCUGCCCACUCCUGGUGGUGAGGGCCGUCCUACUUCCGGUGGUGCGGUCCGCUCUCGUCCUCGUCCUUACUGCAACUACUGUCAGAAGCCUGGCCACGUUGAGUCUGAUUGUUUCAAGAAACAGCGUGACAUGCGCAAUAAGGAACGUGCAUCUUCUUUUGGGUCACGUGCUCCUCCGUCGAUGCCUUCUACUAUGUCCUUCACUCAACAGGACAUUGUGCAGCUGAAGCGUUUGCUGGCUGCUUCUGGCUCUUCUUCGACGGCCACUGCAGGCUCUGUGACCGGUGCUUCUAGCACUGGGAGCCACCGUCUGCUCAGUCAGGAUCGUCGCAAGAAGGUUCUGGUUGGGGCUGGCCCACGGCACCAUGACUCUCAGGGGCUCUGGGAGCUCGACUGGCUUCGUGUUCCCUCCUCUACCACCACACCCACCAGCUCUCAUGCUCUUGCUGCUUCCGCUUCCGCUUCCUUCCAGCAGUGGCAUCAUCGACUCGGUCAUCUCUGUGGUUCUCGUCUGUCGUCUUUAGUUCGUCGAGGUCGGGCCUGUCUCAGGAGAUGUCUCUCUACCGUGUCAGGGUUGUAGCCUUGGAAAACAGACUCAGUUACCUUAUCCUACUAGUGAGUCAGUGUCUCAACGUCCAUUUGACUUAGUUCAUUCUGAUGUAUGGGGUCCUGCUCCCUUUGCUUCGAAAGGGGGCCAUCGCUACUAUGUUAUUUUUAUUCAUGACUUUUCUCGCUAUACUUGGCUUUAUCUUAUGACUUCUCGAAGUGAGGUUCUCUCUAUCUAUAAGCGCUUUGCUGCUAUGGUUCACACUCAAUUUUCCACGCCUAUUCGUGUGUUUCGUGCAGACUCUGCUGGUGAGUAUAUCUCCCAGAUGCUGAGUGGUUUUCUUAUUGAGAAGGGCACUCUUUCCCAGUUCUCUUGUCCUGGUGCUCAUGCCCAAAAUGGUGUGUCUGAACGCAAACACCGCCGCCUUCUUGAGACGGCUCGUGCGAUGAUGAUCGUUGCCUCUCUUCCGCCUCAUUUUUGGGCUAAGGCUGUUUCCACUGCUGCCUAUCUCAUCAACCUUCAGCCCUCGGCUGCUCUGCAAGGCGGUAUUCCUUUGGAGCGUCUUUCUGAUCGUUCUCCUGAUUACUCAGUGCUUCGGUUGUUUGGUUGUGUUUGCUAUGUUCUCCUAGCCCCUCGUGAACGCACCAAACUGAUCGCUCAGUCUGUUGAGUGUGUCUUUCUUGGCUACAGUGAUGAGCAUAAGGGUUAUCGGUGCUGGGAUCCUGUUGCUCGUUGGAAGCGCAUUUCACGGGAUGUGUCUUUUGAUGAGUCUCGCCCAUUCUACCCGCGUCCAUCCUCCUCGACCUUCGUUCUGGAGGACAUAUAUUUUCUCACAUUUCCUGACACACCUCCCUUCGUGCCUCAAGUCCCUACUCCUUCGCACCUCGAUGUUGCUAAUCCGACACCAUCCUCCUCCACAGUUUCUUCUCCUCCAUCAUUGCCUGAUUCUCCACCUUCAUCCCUGAUACCUUUCCCAUCUUCCCCUUCUCCGGCGAUUCCUCCUCUUCCUCCUGUCCUUUCUACUAUUCUCGUCGUUCACGUGUUGUGGAUGAUUCUACUGACGAGCCGUCUACCUCUGAGGUGCCGUCUUCCUCCUCUCAGUCGACUCAUGAUCUUCGUGCCCGACCUCGCCCCCACCUGACAGAUAUUCUCCUAACAACUAUGGUCUUUCUGCGGUUGUCCUUGAGCCGACUUCUUAUCAGGAUGCUGUCGUUCACCUCGAGUGGCAGCUUGCGAUGGCUGAGGAGAUUGCUGUGCUUGAACGCACUGGCACAUGGGAUCUGGUUUCUCCUCCACCCCAUGUUCGUCUCAUCAUGUGCAAGUGGGUCUAUAAGAUUAAGACCCGCUCUGAUGGUUCUCUUGAGCAUUAGAAAGCUCGUCUUGUGGCUCGUGGCUUCCAACAGGAGCAGGGUCGUGAUUAUGAUGAGACUUUCGCCCCCGUGGCUCAUAUGACCACUGUUCGCACUCUUCUUGCGGUGGCCUCCGUUCGCCACUGGUCUGUGUCUCAACUUGAUGUUCACAAUGCCUUCCUCAAUGGUGAGCUGCGUGAGGAGGUUUAUAUGCAGCCACCCCCUAGGUACUCUGUCCCUAAUGGCAUGGUAUGCCGUCUUCGGCGCUCUCUUUACGGCCUUAAGCAAGCCCCUCGCGCCUGGUUUAAGCAUUUCGCCUCCGUGGUGACUGCUUCUGGUUUCUCGCCCAGCACUCAUGAUCCUGCUCUGUUUGUCCACACCUCUACUCGUGAGCGACUCUUCUUCUUCUAUAUGUUGAUGACAUGAUCAUCACUGGCGAUGACUCUGAGUACAUUGCCUUUGUUAAGGCUCGUCUUCGUGAGCAGUUCCUAUGUCUGAUCUUGGUCCUCUUCGCUAUUUUCUUGGGAUUGAGGUUUCUUCUACCUCUGAUGGCUUCUACAUCUCCCAAGAGAAGUAUAUCCAGGAUCUGCUUGCUCGUGCCGCUCUUAGUGAUGAGCGCACUGUUGAGACUCCUAUGGAGCUCAAUGUUCAGCGUCGUGCCUCUGAUGGUGACCCCUUAUCUGAUCCAUCACACUACCGCCAUCUGGUUGGGAGCCUAAUCUACCUUGCUGUCGCUCGUCCAGAUAUCUCUUAUCCUGUCCACAUUUUGAGCCAGUUUGUUUCUGCUCCCACUUCAGUCCACUACAGUCAUCUUCUUCGUGUACUACGAUAUCUUCGUGGCACGAUCUCUCACCGUCUUUUCUUCCCUUGCUCCAGCUCCAUGCCUACUCAGAUGCUACUUGGGCUAGUGAUCCGUCGGAUCGUCGUUCACUCUCUGCUUAUUGUGUGUUUCUUGGUGGUUCUCUCAUUGCUUGGAAGACGGAGAAACAGACCGCGGUUUCCCGCUCGAGUACAGAGGCUGAGUUGCGAGCCAUGGCUUUUUUGACGGCAGAGGUGACUUGGCUACGUUGGUUACUGGAGGAUUUUGGUGUUUCUUCUACUACACCGACUCCCCUCUUGUCAGACAGUACAGGUGCUAUCAGCAUUGUGCGUGAUCCGAUGAAGCAUGAGCUCACCAAGCACAUAGGUGUUGAUGCCUCUUUUGUGCACACUGCUAUGCAAGAUCAGGUUCUCGCUCUUCAAUAUGUGCCCUCCGAGUUACAGUUGGCAGAUUUUUUCACGAAGGCCCAGACUAGAGCGCAACAUGGUUUCUUUCUAUCCAAACUCAGUGUUGUUAACCCACCAUGAGUUUGAGGGGGGGUGUUAGAGAUGUAUAUUUCUCUUGUAUAUGCCCGGCCCAUUGUAUAAGGGUCUCUUUGCUUAUUUGCCUCCACACACGUACAUGUAUAUUUGCCUUUUGGCACUUCAAUCAAUCUAAGUUGCUCAUUCGUAA